AAACAACAAAUUAAAGAAAUGAAAAGAUAUAAAUGAAGUAAAGAAGGCAGUACAAUAUAUAAUAAAUUAAAAAGGACUUAGCUGUCAAAGCAGGAGCUCUUCAAGCUUUGGUCUUCUUUUUUCUUUCUUCGAUUUAGCGCGCCAAGACCGGAGCGUUUUAGAUACGUCCGACCUCAACGAGAGCUAAGCACAGAAUGUAUCAAUUAGUGAGUAGUGUAACUGUUCUGCCCAAUAGACGGAUUCGCGUGACGUCAUUUGUUUAUGUUUUUUAGCUACGCAAUGCGCAUGCGUAAAUCACUGGAGUCAAAACAAAGUGGAUCGCGGCCAUUUUGGUUGCUGUUUUGGCUUGAAAACUGUGCUGGCUGGGCAAGAGAGAAAGAAAAUAUUUAUAUUUUUGGAGAUUAUAUCGAAGAUGCCUAGUACCUGUUGUGCUGUAGGAUGUACGAAUAGAAAAACUGAGGAAAGUAGCUUACAUUUUUAUCGAAUUCCUCCACCUUCAAAUCCUGAAAGAAGGCAGAAAUGGAUAGUAGCAGUUGGAAGAAAAGAUUGGCACGAACUUCAAAUCAACAAUGCUAGGUUGUGUAGUGAACACUUUAUUUCUGGCAACAAAUCUGAAAAUAAACUUGAUCCAGAUUAUAUUCCAACACGAUUCUUUCAUUUGGAAUCCAAUGAAAGAACAUUCCAUCAGAAAAAAAAAAAGAUUUGAACGUAUCUCUAAACGUCGCGAAGUUAAAGAAUCCACUUCUUCUACUAGCAGCACACUCCAGAAUGAGAAUGAAUUUAUUGAUGCUGUUGAACCUGAUUUUGUUGAUUUUAAAAAUUUAUUUGAACUAGAAAAAAGCAAGACCAAUGACUUAGCUGCUCAACUGGAAAAGGUACGCAAAGAAAUGGAAACAGUUCAAGCAGACGUGGAUUCAAAGAAGAAACUCAUCAUUCAAUGCCACAAUGACUCAAUUAGAUUGACCCAAAAUAAUCGAAAUUUGAAAAAGAAACUCAAGAAAUUAAAAUCUGAAUCGUUUGGUUAUGAAAGUAUAAAGUCCAAUCCAAAAAAACACCUCUUUUAUACUGGCAUUAUAAGAGACAUAUUUCAAUUGCUUUUCAAGCAUUCGAAGUUACCUAUAAUUUCAAAAAAGUUGCAAUCUGAAGAUCACCUCCUACUGGUUUUGAUGAAGUUGAGACUUGGUAUCAAAAAUAAAGAUUUGGCAUACAGGUUCAAAGUUGCUGAAUCUGUGGUAUCUAAAAUCCUUCGCACAUUGUUGCCUGUUUUUUCAAAGUUUAUGUUGAACAAUUUUUUUUCAUGGCCUGAAAAAGAAGCUCUUCGAUAGAAUUUACCUGAAUGCUUUCGCAAAAAGUAUACCAGAUGUGUGUGUAUUAUCGACUGCACUGAGAUUUUUACAGAACGUCCUUUGGGAUUAAAUGCAAGAGCACAAACAUGGUCUAACUAUAAAAAUCACAACACCAUAAAAUAUCUUGUUGCUUGCUCACCAACUGGAGCUGUCACUUUUAUGUCUGGAGGAUGGGGUGGUCGAGUUUCAGACAAGGAGAUAACCGUAAAAUGUGGGUUUCUUGAUUUGAUUGAACAUGGGGUUUUACUGUUAUGGAGGAAGUAGCUACAAUGGGUGGUAUAUUAGAGAUUCCUUCAUUUACCAAGGGGAAAUCACAGUUGUCAGGUGGAGAGGUUGACCACAGUCGUCAAAUCGCCAAUGUGCGUAUUCACAUUGAAAGAGUUAUAGGGAGAAUGAGAAAAUUUAAUAUCUUGAAUACGCUCAUACCGCUAACUCAAGUUGAUCUACUGGAUGAUAUUAUGGUUUGUGUAGCUGGAUUGGUUAAUGUGAGUCCAAAAAUAGUGGCAUAAUAAUUUUAGUAUCUUCUUUUGUGAAAGUAGUCAAGAUUUUCCAUAAGCAUUUCAUUGGUAUUUGUUUAUUUGAUAGUUUUUUUUUUUUUAAGUUUCAUGUCACACAAGAGAUUCAGAUUUACUUAGGGAAAAACAAAUGUUUCUACAUAAUAAAGAAUAACACAAU